AUGAAGCGCACUUUCUCAGGAAUAUCUCUCAAGAGGCCUUCGGCCAAACUCCCAUCAAGCCAAGACAGCCAAGGCGACAUCACCAACAACAACAGCAGCCAGCAACGACACUCUUCAUCACAGGAACUUGGCGCCACCAAAACAAGGAACACCGUCUUUGACCACGUCUUUGUCGAAAUACCCUGUGUCAAAGCAAUAGUCGCACCUGGUCCCAAGACCAUCCUGAAAAAGUUUCCAGGAGUCAAGUCACCGAACCAAAAGAAGGUCGAAUUUGUCGAGGACUCGGAGGGCUCCUUGAGCGACGCAGACGACGACGACUAUGACGACGACUUUGAGAAGGACAAGGAGAACAGGAACGAUGCUGUAGUACAGGAGAACCCUAUAAAGUCCUCUCCACCAACACUUGUGUCAAAGUCUGUACCGACACUGGCUCUACCCGUCAAGAAAUCACUACUUACUGCCGCGACAUCUCCACCGCUAACGCCACCGGAUGCAGACCCAACAAAAGCAAAGGUCAGGUCAACCCCAACGAAGCCAUUGAAGAUACCAUCAACAAUGACGCCAACACCGAAGCUUACACCAAAUCCCACUCCAAAGCCCGCGCCCACAAAGGUGCAAGUCGAGGCGGAUCUAGAAGAUGAGGAUGAGGACAUGUAUGACGGUGACGCAGGAGAAGACGACAGUGGAUCGGAUUUUGACUCGGACGGAGGCGGUCGCAAGCGAGUCAAGACAGGACGGACAACUCAAGACAUGAUCAAGGCCUCUCUGCCUCAAGCGACCACCCGGGCAACACGUUCGGGACGGGCGCCUCUCUCUUCCAUUACAGUCACCAUCUCCUCAAAACCACUCCCAAACGCCAAGCCAUCUCAGCCCAGCACCAAGUCACUGACAGCGCUUGGGAAGCGCUUCAAGGUCCCGACAUUCACGGAUCCAAGCAAGGCACCUGCACAGGCUCGAUCUUCAGGACUAACGCUUGGAACGAAACGGCGGCCACAAGUCGACGCCAAGUCUGCUCAUGACUAUACCAUGGAGGGCUCUAUUAUCCUGCAUGAUCCAGCCUGGGCACAGCUGGAUGAGGCUCAACGAGAAGAAGAGAAAUUGCUGAAGGCAUCUCAGGAAGGCCCAGAGCCUGUCGACGGAGACUCUAUUCAGCAGGUCAUCAUCCCCAAAAAGGAGAAGGCUAAGUCCAAGUCGAUUGCAGAGAUGCUGGGACUCGUCAAGCUAAAGGAGCAGCCAAAAGUCCACGUCGUUGUGGAUCCUGUACUUGGACGGGUUCUACGCCCGCAUCAGGUCGAGGGAGUCAAGUUCAUGUACAAGUGUACGACUGGCGCCACUAUGCCCAAUGCCUUUGGAUGUAUCAUGGCGGAUGAAAUGGGUCUCGGCAAAACGCUUCAAUGCAUCACACUUCUUUGGACACUCCUGAAGCAGUCGCCGGACUUCGGAAAGGGCACGAUCGAGAAGUGCAUUAUUUGUUGUCCGUCAUCGCUUGUCAGGAACUGGGCAAACGAAAUUAUCAAGUGGCUGGGACCAGGAAAGAUUGGAGUGCUGACAUGCGACUCAAAGGGAUCUAAGGAAGACACCAACAACAUGAUGAGGCAGUGGGCAUCAGCAAGGCAGAGGAUGGUGGUGAACCCAGUCUUGAUUAUCAGUUACGAGAGUUUGCGGAUGUACGCUCCGAUCCUUGCACAAACCCCGAUCGGACUGAUGCUCUGCGACGAAGGUCAUCGUCUGAAGAAUUCUACAUUGAAUGAGUUGAAUGUCCAGAGGCGUGUUAUCUUGUCAGGAACACCUAUUCAGAACGACCUCUCGGAAUACUUUUCGCUGCUCAAUUUUGCCAAUCCAGGGCUUUUGGGAUCAACGAUGGAGUUCCGCAAAAACUAUGAGAUUCCUAUUUUACGCGGACGCGACUCGGAAGCAACGGACAAAGAACAGGAGAUCAGUAACCAGAAGCUAGCGGAACUGUCGGGUGUUGUGAGCAAGUUUAUCAUUCGCCGCACCAACGACAUCCUGUCGAAAUACUUGCCAACCAAGUUCGAGCAUGUGGUGUUCUGUCAACUUUCACCUUUCCAGCUGGGUUUGUACAAGCACUUUAUCAACUCCAAGUCAAUUCAGAGGCUGCUGCGUGGGCAGGGUUCGCAGCCGCUCAAGGCGAUUGGACUGCUCAAGAAACUUUGCAACCACCCCGAUCUCUUGAAUUUACCUGACGAUCUUGAGGGAUGCGACAGUUUGCUUCCUCCCGACUAUCAGACCAAGAACUCCAAGAAGCCCUUGUCCCGUGGAGGAAUUCUUGUGCAACCCGAAUUUUCUGGCAAGAUGCUUGUCCUGGCGAGGAUGCUUGCCAAAAUCAAGAAGGACACCAACGACAAGAUUGUUCUCAUCUCGAAUUACACCCAAACCCUUGACAUCUUUGAGAAGCUCUGCCGCCAGAAUCAAUAUGGAGUUUUGAGACUGGAUGGAACGAUGACGAUUAACAAGAGACAGAAGCUGGUCGACCGGUUCAAUAACCCGGAUGGCACUGAGUUUGUGUUCCUGUUGAGCAGCAAGGCAGGAGGAUGUGGAUUGAACUUGAUUGGAGCGAACCGCCUUGUUCUUUUCGACCCAGACUGGAAUCCAGCCUCGGACCAGCAGGCCCUGGCGCGUGUGUGGCGCGAUGGCCAAAAGAAGGAUUGUUUUGUCUACCGAUUCAUUGCGACAGGAUCGAUUGAGGAGAAGAUUUUCCAGCGUCAGUCUCACAAGCAAUCGCUGUCAUCCUGUGUGGUGGACGAGGAUCAGGAUGUGGAGCGUCAUUUCUCGCAAGAGAAUUUGCGGCAGUUGUUCCAGCUCAACGAGACGACCGAGUGCUGUGAUACACACGAGACGUUCAAGUGCAAGCGAUGUGUGGAUGGACGGCAGGUGGAGAAGGCGGCCCAGGUCUCAUAUGGUGAUACAUCGACCUGGAACCAUUUCAAGGGUAACCAGGAUCUCUUGAAGCUCACAGACCCGCUGCUUCAGGAGGAAGCCGACACGAACGCUAUCUCGUUUGUUUUCCAGUACAUCUCUCAUUAG